CCCGUGUUGCCGGAGUGCUGCGCCUGCGACGAGGCCAAGUACGAGCUCGCCUUCGAGGGCCUCUGGUCCCGUUACACCCAUCCCAAGGAUUUUCCCCGGAAGCCGUACAGCGCGCGUUUUUCCGACGUCAUCGGGGCCUCGCACACCUCCGAGUACCGGUUCUGGGAGUACGGUGGCACCGCCAGCGAGGGUCUCAAACAGGUCGCCGAGACCGGCGUCACCCGCGUCCUCGAGUCCGAGCUCAAGAACCAGAGCCAACACAUAAGGACCAUAAUAAAGGCACGGGGCAUCAACUUUCCCAACAUAACGAGCAGGACCUUCGCGAUGUUCCGGGUCGACCAGCAGCACCACCUCGUGUCCCUCGUCUCCAUGAUAGAUCCUUCGCCCGACUGGUUCAUCGGGGUGUCCGGGCUCGAGCUCUGCCUGACCAAUUGCUCCUGGAUCGAGAACAAGGAGCUCAACCUCUACCCGGUCGACGCGGGCACGGACGACGGGGUCACCUACGAGGCGGAAGACGCAAAGACCGAUCCGCAGGACGUGAUCAGGCGGAUAACGACGACUUGGCCGGUGGACGCGCGCUCGCCCUUCUACGACGAGACGGCCAUCGACAUGAACCCCUUGGCUAAGCUGUACCUUAAGCGCCAGCGCGUCUACGAGAAGGAGUGCGAUCGUACCGCGGUAACCGCAACCAGCGGCGAAGGUGAAACAGAACGACCCAUUAAGCGUAGCAAGUAUUUCUUUUUGGUUACUUUACUUUUUUCGUUGCCUCGCAUUUCCAUGCCAUAUACUAUACAUCAUAUUUUACUUCCACCCCACCCCUCCCCCCCGCAUUUAAAUUCAUUUUGGAUUCAUCCGUAG